AAAAAAUAAUUGAGAGAGAGGAAAAAAAAAAAAAAAAUUGCGAAGGGCUUGAUCCGGGAGAACAAUACUCGCCGGGAAAGUUGCUGCGCGGCGGGGAGGGAGCGGCGGGAGGAAAAUGCCGCAGCUGGGCAGCGGCGGCGGGGACGACCUGGGCGCCACGGAUGAGAUGCUGGCCUUCAAGGACGAGGGCGAGCAGGAGGAGAAGAUCCCCGAGAACGCCUUCACCGAGCGCGACCUGGCCGACCUCAAGUCCUCGCUGGUGAACGAGUCCGAAGGCAGCGGCAGCCCGGCCGCCGCCGCCGCCGAUUCCGAGGCCCUCCGCCGAGCGCAGGAUCCGCAGAGGGUGUACCAGGAGAAGCUCCCGGACCACAUGGAUGAUGCAGGUAUGAAACAUCAGGACUCAGGGAUGUAUAAAGGAUCUGCCUAUUCUGGUUACCCUUUCCUGAUGCUGUCAGAUCCGUAUCUGCCCAAUGGAUCUAUGUCACCUCUGUCCAACAAAGUUCCCGUCGUGCAGCCGUCGCACGGAGUGCACCCGCUCACGCCGCUCAUCCCGUACAGCAACGACCAUUUCAGCCACGGCUCCCACUCACCCCACCUGCCCGCUGACAUCAACCAGAAACAAGGAGUGCACCGUCCUUCCCAGACCUCAGACAUCCCUGGUUUCUACCCGCUGCCCCCCGGUGGAGUCGGCCAGAUCACGCCGUCGAUGGGAUGGCAGAGCCAGUCUGUCUAUCCGCUCCCGUCAUGUGGAUUUAGACAGCCGUAUUCGUCAGCGCUUUCUGCUGGGGCUUCUUUCUCCAGGUUCACUCACCCGCUGAUGCUGGGCUCUGGCAUGCACACCACCGGCAUCCCGCACCCCGCCAUCGUGCCCCACUCCGGCAAGCAAGAGAUGGAGCACUACGACCGGAACAUGAAACCUCAGCCAGAACCAAAGAGAGAGAAGGAAGCCAAGAAGCCCACUAUUAAGAAGCCCCUGAACGCUUUCAUGUUGUAUAUGAAAGAAAUGCGGGCGAAAGUCAUCGCCGAGUGCACCCUGAAAGAGAGUGCUGCCAUCAACCAGAUCUUGGGAAGGAGGUGGCACGCGCUGUCCCGAGAGGAACAAGCCAAGUACUACGAACUGGCUCGCAAGGAACGGCAGCUCCACAUGCAGCUCUACCCCGGCUGGUCUGCCAGGGACAACUACGGCAAAAAGAAGAGACGAACACGGGAAAAGCAGCAAGAUUCCAACUCAGAUCCUGCCUCUCCUAAGAAAUGCAGAGCUCGCUUUGGCCUCAACCAACAAACGGACUGGUGCGGCCCGUGCAGGAGGAAAAAGAAGUGCAUUCGGUACCUACAAGGAGAAGGACGCUGUGCCAGCCCAGUUUCUUCCGAUGGAAGUGCUAUAGACUCCCCUCCAUCCCCACCGGACGCACUCCGAUGCAUCCCCUCCGCCUUCCCGUCAGAGCAGCUCGCAGCCCCCGCCGACCCCGCGCACCGCGACCAGCCCGACCCCUGCCCCGUGUCCGCGCACCUCCCGCCCGCCUCCGGCCCCUCCAGACUCGGCGCCCGGCGCUCCUCGGCGCCCGCCGCGCCCCCCGCCUACAGCCGCGCCUCCUCGGGGACAUAGUCCCUGGCCAGCCGCCGGCCACACCGGGCACUCCGCUCGCCCACCUGCUUCUGCUGCCCUUGGACGAGGAGCAGAGGCCCAGCCAAAUCCCCGUCUCGCUAAAACAUGCCAAGUUUGGCGACAGGAUGAAUU